AUGGAUCAAGAUGCUCCAGGGAAAAAGUCGCGCACUCAACAGAAGCGCCUGGAGAAAAAUGCUGCGUCAAAUCCAAAUCCGCUACAACAACAGAAUCUCUGCAUUUGGUUAUUAUCUAAAAUAAUAGAACGGUUUGUAAUUCAAAUAGUUCCAAAUCUAGAAAGAAAACUAUCUUUGAUAUCAUUAUAUGGAGUUGUUUCUUCUCAUGUUGAAUUUACUAAUAUGCUAUGUAAAACCUUUGAUAAAAGUUUUGUGACAUUUGAUUAUUGUUAUUUGAAGUCAGUAAACCGCUCUUAUAAAUACAUAUCCAUGAGAGCAAAAUUAUUACAAUUACCCGUUACAAAUAUAGUGUUCAACUAUGCUAUGCUCAAACGAGAAAAUGGUUAUAAGCCUUUUUUAUACAAUAUCACCUUUGAAGCUUGCAGCUUUUUAAAAUCACAGAACAAUCCAGUAACUAAAUUUGUCUAUAAUGUAUUUAAGGACCACUCUAAUGUCAAUCAUACGUGUCCUUACAAUCACGAUGUGAUCAUUGAAAAACUUGACACGAAGAGUUUUGCUGACAGAUUAUCACGCUUGCCAAUUCCAUUCGGACAAUAUGCUAUUUCUGGAGCUUGGUAUGUCUCAAAUAUUCAUCGUGCUGAUGUUGCAUUGCAGUUUAAGAUAUAUGACUAA